CCCAUCUCCCCUUGUUCCUCUUCCACAGAUCUCUCUGCAGAGAGCUCAAACUCGAGCAAAGUUUCGAUGGCAGCACAAGUGGUAGCUAAAGCCGUAGCCAUUCUAGCUCUCCUGGCUACCCUCUCCUCUCAUGCAGCUGCGGUGGAUGUGCUGUACAGCGGGCAGACCCUCCUUGCAGGCCAGUUCUUAGUGAAUGGGCCUUACAAGUUCAUCAUGCAGGCGGACUGCAACCUGGUGCUCUACAUCAUCGGAAUCAGGGCGCUGUGGUCUUCCGGCACCGCCGGGAAAGGCCGCAACUGUUGGGCAACCCUACAGAGAGACGCCAAUUUGGUUGUCUACUCAGGAGGUAAAGCUCUUUGGGCAAGUGGGACGGCGAGAGGCGCCAACAACUACCGCCUGAAGGUGCAGGCGGAUGGUAACGUGGUGAUCUACGAUCCUGCCGGACAUGCUGUGUGGGCUACCAAUACGAGCAAAUAGAGUGGCGCGCAGCAGGACACGCUUGCUGUAGAUCCAACUUAAAGAGCCCGUGAAUAAAAUAUGCACUGUUGCUUAGUUCCUAUAUA